AUGGCUCAAAUCACGAUGGAUUCCUUGACGCAAACACUCUUGAUCUCGAUGGUAAUCUUUUUGGGAGGUAUCGUGCAGAAGGUUAUAGUGGACAUGCCAAUCAAUUCACAACAGCCAAACUAUACAUGCCCAGUCAAGGAUCGUUACAUCGCUAAGUGUGCUCAUCUCAAUCUUACCUCGAUUCCCCAAGAUCUUCCGCAUGAACUGCUGGUAUUAUUCAUCCGUGACAACCAAGUAACAGAACUUUUAAACACGUCGUUCAUGAAUUACAACCAACUUGAAAAACUGUAUGCUCGUCACAACGUAAUUGCUUUCAUUGAUAGUGGAACAUUCGAAACUCUACCACAGUUGCAAGUAUUGGAACUAGAUCAUAACCUGAUUACCUUUCUACCCAUCUAUUAUCUUCAGAAGAAUGCUCUUCUAUACAUAAUAAAUCUAUCGCACAACAAGAUCAGGUUUGCUCUGCGUGGUCUGGAAAAACUGCAAGUCCUGAGCCUUGGAGGAAAUCGUAUAUCUUACAUCAAUAAUGAAUCAUUUUGUGGCCUACAUGCACUGGAAAACCUAAGAACAUUUGCGAACUUAACGACCCUGCGUCAGCUUAGUCUGCAAGACAAUGACUUAACCAGUAUUCCCAAGGACGCUUUUCAAGGUUUGUACAAUUUAAGGGUGUUGCAGCUGCAGAAUAAUUUAAUUAAAUUCAUCCAGCAAGGGCUGUUUAUGGGCACAAAUGAACUUGAACAGUUGUACUUACAAAAUAAUCACAUUUCGACCGUAGCCUCCAACACUUUCAUGCCGUCAAGUUUGAUUAGAUUCAAUAUUGCACGCAAUCCCUUGACCUGCGAUUGCCAACUUGCCUGGUUUAGACAAUGGUUGAACGAGGUCGAAGGAAAAAUAGAUCUUGCUCCCAAAAAUCAAACCCGUUGUUCUAGCAGCUCCUUAAAGGUGUUGGUCAAUCAAAUAAUUUGUUUUAACCCUCUCGUGUAUCUCAACCGUUGGUGGAUAAACUAUAAGUUGUAUCUCCUCAAGUUGGCCAUCGUUGGUUACCAUGAGAUCACUGAAGAUCGAAAUCCGGAGGACUUUGAAUUCCAACUCAACCUCAUGUUCCAUGAAGACGAUGAAUGGUGGGUAAAUGACUGUAUGAAACCUUUUCUGGAGCAGAGGAUGCCUCAUCUGGAGCGCGUCAUAUUUGGUGAUGCCGAUCUUCACCCAGGAUUGUUCUACUUGAACGCCAUCUAUGACGUCAUCGAAAACAGCCACAAGACAAUGUUGUUGCUUAGCAACCAGUCUGUAGAUGAUACCUGGUACAUGACCAAGCUCCGUAUGGCAGUGGAGCACACUGAAUGA